AUGGUGAACAUCGUGAUCUUUGGAGAGAUAGGAACGGGAAAAAGCUCCGUCAUAAACCUCAUGGCUGGGCGACAGAUUGCGCAUAUAUCGCCGGACGCUCGCCGCUGCACUCUGCAAUGGACGGAGUACCCGAUAACCUUCGAAAAUGGGACUCGAUACCAGGUGUUUGACACGGUCGGCCUCGAGGAGCCCCGUCUACAAACCGGAGAGUAUCUCUCCGCAAUUUCAAACGCACAUAGCCUCAUCAACACCUUGAAAGAGCGUGGAGGUGUCAACCUCUUGCUCUUCUGUAUACGUGGAGGUAGAGUCACGGCAACCAUGCAGAGCAACUACAGGUUGUUCUUUGAAUUUCUCUGCGAAGAAAAUGUCCCGCUUGCGCUAGUCGUCACAAACCUCGAAAGAGAAACAAUCAUGGAAGACUGGUACACGCGGAAUAUGAGCCACUUGGAGAAGUACAACAUUAGGUCUACGGGCCACGCAUGCAUAACUGCGGCGAAUCUUCUCGACGGGAAAUAUAGAGACAAGUAUGAGGAGUCGCGUGCAAUACUCUGUGGAGUGGUUGAGGCUCAUUGCAAUGCACCCAUGGAAGGGUGGACCGGUGGACAAGGAUGGCUUGCCUCGUCCAUUAGCAAGCUCGUGGAAUUUGUCGUUGGACGUCCCAAGAAGACGGAUAUCAUUGGGAUUCUCACAAAACGAUGCGGAAUGACCAAAGAAAUGGCUCAGCAGAAAUAUCAAAGUCGACCACAAAACGUAGUGCUCUGGGGGGAGAGUGGAGUAGGCAAAAGCUCUCUCAUAAACCUAAUUAUGGGCCGCGACGUAGCGGAAACAUCUCCUGACGCCCUCUCAUGCACUGUUAACAUUGCUUCAUACCAAGUGACGAUUGGUGGGCGAUCCUUCAGGUUGUGGGAUACAGCAGGGUUAAACGAGGGCUCAGAGGGCAAAGUGCCUGCGGCUGCUGCUGCAAGGAGGUUGACUUUAUUCCUCGAUGGCCUGAACAAGGGAGACGGUGUCCAUCUCUUUGUGUAUUGCGUGCGCGGAACGCAAGCCACAAAAGCUCUGCGAAACAAUUAUCAGACGUUCUCGUCAGCUGUUGGUGACAGCAAAGUGCCCACUGUUAUUGUGGCUACGUGUCUGGAAGACUUGCACCCAAUGACAAAGUGGUGGAGUCAGAACAAGGACCAGCUUGCGAAAUAUGGGAUGCAUUUCUCUGGAUGUGCUUGUGUCACAACUCUGCCAUCUGAACACGCGGAGUCCCAGGAUCUACGCCAACGCCGUGCACAAUCCUACGAAGACGUUUGCAAACUCAUUUUGGACCAUUGUUCGCAGACCCCUCACAAUACAUAG